AUGGGCCUGAUGGAUCCGGAGAUAUCAGCCCUGGCCAUGACCGCUGCGUUCUUUGCGCAGAAUAUCCUGCGUCAGGACACAGUUGGCACCUUCCUUCGUGAAGGGCUACAUUUCUUUCUAACGGAUUCAAAGAAACAUGCUAGCUCUGGCGCCGGGCUGUUGCUUAGACGAGGUCGAGAAUACCGUCGCGUCACCGGGGCGGCGAUCGGCGGGCACUCGUUUUGGGGCCGCGUCAUCCGCAUGCUCGUAACGCUAGGCAUUCAGAUCGAUCCUCAUGCGGACUGGUCCCUGCUGUCUCGCCAUGAGCUGAUGGGUCUGCCCUGGUUCACUCCUGCGCUCGGCCUGGCUAGGUCGCGCAAGGCCAAGACGCAGGCAGGCGCGUCAACCAGGAAACGAUCAGAGUCGCCGCUGAACCCUGACGCUACUGCCCUUGUGUCGCCGCGAGAGACCUCGGCCGUUGAUGUGGCGACAGCAGUGCCCCGUGACAAGAUACGUGCAGAGCAUGUCACAGCUCUGGAGCACAUCGGCAUGCCCCAGGAAGGCCGAUUCCAAAUGUUCGCGUUCCUGAACUACACGUUUGCGGAUAUAGUUUGGUGGCGCGGCGCUGUUGGACGGACGGAGGCGCGAGGAGCGUUCCUUCCAUCAUCGCCGCUUAGCCCGCCCUUUCGGUCUGCAGUGCAGUACAAUUACCCGUCACGUCGUAACCGUUUCUACCCACAUGGUACGAGCGAGAUUGAUGUUGCGCGAGCGACUAUUCAUAGAGCCUACAGCAGGAUCGAUCGAGUCUGGAAUGGCUGGUGGAAGCGACUGCCGGCGGCGGUCCAACGGACACUGCAUUUUCUCCACAACGACGCAAACAACACUAUCCGCACGGAACGCGACCGCGCGCCAAGCACGUCGCAGGCGACUUUGCCACACAUUCGCCCUUUUCAGAUCGAGCCCACGGACUGUCGGCUCCCGUGGAAAGUCAUGUUGCUCGGCGACAGGCGUCUGGGCGACGUGACUGCCAAGUGGGCCCGCGAGCGAAUCCUUACAGAUGCGGCCUCUGGUAAGCCAUACGCUCCGGAUUGGCCUGGCCUGCAAGAGGACGUGAACUGGCAGAAAGUCUGGUCGGACAUGGGGGCCGUGCCGUUGCCCGCAGACGUUCGUUCGAACGUCCACCUUUUCCUGCUUCGCCGAACGUGGAAUGCUGCGACCAGUGAACGCGCUCGGCGAGCAGAGCGGCACUACCAAGUCACGCGUCACGAGCAAGACGAAGAAGGAGUCCUUCCUAUGCUGCCUUCUCAGGAGGACGCGACGGAUGACGAGGCUGAGGAGCCUUACCUUGACGUGGAUCCCGGACCGUCCAACCGCCGCACACGACGUGCACAACAACGGGCUGCGGACGCGCAGGCUGACGUGCGCGGCCAAGCGAGCGCCUCGCAACCGGCGGCAUCGAGCUCUGCCGCGACGCCGCUCUCGUCCCAGCGCACUGUUUCUCUCCCCGAGGUUGCUUUCCAACCGUCGACCAGCAUCGCUCGCCUGCCGCUUACUGACUUCUACGCCCCUACAGAUGCCGACAACACCGCCAACGAUUUCCGACCCUUUGUACAGCAACGCCAGAACAUUGGGUCGGACGAUGUACGUCAAGCUUUCUCUGCGCUUGACAACGAUCCCGAUAUAGCGCGCCGCUCCAUCCAUGCGGUUGACCUCUGCGCGCAUGGAUGCGGCGUGCACGACAGCACGCAGCAUGGCUAUGUUGAGUGCCCAGCCGUUCAGGCCGUCUGGCACGACGCCAUGCCUGUUCUCUUUGCGCUGGAGCCGGCAAUCGUCGGCACUCCCUUGCCCCUCACAACCAAGGGUGUCGUCACCAGCUGGCUUGCUGCCGUUUUCCCUGCUUCCGCCCAGCGAGUGCGUGUUGUGCUCUGGCGCGCGGCAGUGGUCCAAUACAUUGCCAGCCGUCGCCAUACUCUGAUGGCGGCCGCUCGGCGAGCAGACAGUACUGUGCUCUUCGUCUACCCGGAUGUAGCCCAGGCUGUCGCAAGCAUCCUCUUCCGGCUCCUUAAACACGUGCGAGGAUGUUGGAGCGCGAAGAGGUUCAGCACAGAUCUUCUGUCCAACUCAGGCUUUGUCGACACGGAUGGGCUCGGUCGACUAGUCCUGAAGGAACCAGCGCCGUGGGCUUCCUAG